CCCAAAUCCACUAACCAAUAAAAGGACAGGAGCCAGCUGUUUGUCAUAGCUGGAGUCAGAGGAAAGAGCCAUUCAGCGUUUAGUCCUCACAGCAGCAGGAUGGAGGUUCUGCUGCUUCUAGCCAUGCUGCUGCUUCCUGUGGAGCGUUCAGAGUGUGUGCGGUGUUUCGCACGUUUCAACCCGACUUUGGGUCAGUGCAACGAAGAGAUCGGGGAUGUGGUCGAAGAUGACUGCUGUCAGAACCCUCAGUAUGGCUAUGAGGCAGCGGAUGGCGUUUGUCAGUCCUGUGGCCCUCCGACCUGGUCCGAGUGGUCGGCGUGGUCUCACUGUACAGCCCUGUGUGAAACCGGGGUAAGGCAGAGGAAGCGCACCUGCUACAGCGCCGGGGAGGUGCAGUGUUCAAACCCGCAGGACAAACUGGAGACGCAACCGUGCAGCGGCAUGUGCUGUGAAGAUAAGGGCUGGGGGUCCUGGCUCGCCUGGUCAUCCUGCUCCAUCAGCUGUGGAGAAGGCGGCGUCAGGACCAGGAGGAGAGUUUGCUCCAGCAGCGCAGAGUGCCGUUGGGCCUGCACCGGGCCUUCAGAGGAGACGGAGAACUGCCCCCCACAGAACACUUGUCCAGUCCACGGCGGUUGGUCCAGCUGGGCCGCUUGGGGAAAGUGUUCUGGUCCGUGCGUUGAUGACCAGCGCGGCACUACUCCCUCUAAACAGCGAGAGCGGUCCUGCUCCAACCCCCCUCCUUCUAGUGAUACGGUACCACCAGGUGACACAUGUCCAGGAGACGAAGUUCAGGCCACUCCGUGCAGCGAACUGCCCAACUGUCCAGUGGACGGCAACUGGGCUCCGUGGUCGUCCUAUGGACCGUGCUCCACAAGCUGUGGGGAGGGGCUGCAGACGUCAACCAGAACAUGUAAUAACCCAGCGCCCAAUUACGGGGGUCGGUUUUGUGACGGUCCAAAUGCCCAGACCAGAACAUGUCAGAAUCUCUGUCCUGUUGACGGGUUCUGGUCUGGUUGGUCCGGUUGGAGUGAGUGUUCAGCUUCCUGUGUCUCUCCAAGCCAAAUUCCCAGCAGGACUCGCUUUCGGUUCUGCACUAACCCAGCUCCUUCAUCCAGCCCGGCUGGCAGAGCGUGUGCUGGUGAAAGGCAGCAGGUGGAGCAGUGCCAGCACCUCCAUCACUGUGCAGUGGAUGGAGUCUGGGGCUCCUGGGCUCCAUUCACCCCCUGCCCCGUUACCUGUGGUGUCGGUGCUCAGGUGUCAACGAGGAGAUGCGACAGCCCGGCUGCCAACCACGGUGGCAAACCGUGUUCUGGAGAAGAACGCAGAAGCAAAGUCUGUUCAACCAACGUCCACUGUCCAGUUAAUGGAGUGUGGUCCGACUGGUCGCCCUGGGGAAAGUGUGCUAAUGUGUUCCGGAAGGUGAUCACCUGUAAGCAGCUGGGAGGCAGCCAGACCCGGGAGCGUGAGUGUCUCCACCAAGCUCACAACGGAACCAUCUGCCCCGGAGACUACCUGACAGAGAGUCGAGUGUGCUACGACGUGGGCGGUUGCUACAUAAAAGGCAACUGGGAGGGUUGGGAGUCAUGGACUCUGUGUAAACCUGCAUGUGGUGGAAAGUCCAAACGAUUCAGGAAAAGGAUCUGUAAACCCGAUUACAAGGACUACCGGCCGACCAUCGGCAUCAACAAGGAGCCGGCCAACUUCUUUGGGACACCGCUUGCUGACUGUGGAGACCUGCCACCGGACCAGAAGUUUGAGAAGGAGGACUGCCUCCAAGUGCCGGCCUGUAACUAAGCCCUCGCUUCAAACCUGACGUGGAUCAGAACCAACACUACAGUAACUGUAGUGUCAAGUAUUAAAGCUGUGUUGACAUAG